GGUGCUUGACACAGGAAAACAUGUCGGGCAAAACAAUUGAAGAAGAACCAAAUGGCUGUGAAGAAGAGGUUGAUUUAUUUGAGGAAUCGUACGAGAAAGAAAUUCGUUCUAAUAAAAGAUCGUUUUAUCUCAGUCGACUGGACAAAACUGACAUCAAUGAGAGGGAAGUCUACAAGCAUGUGCAGGCUAGUGAGCUUACAAAGAUUUUGCAAGAGAGCACAGAGAGCAUCACAUCAGGGUCACCUGGGAUACAUUCCGCGCCAGUUAAAUACUUUGAACAUGAUUCCAUACGAGGGAGGUUGCGGAGAAUCCUCAUACGGAAUUCCACAGCGCGUCUGGCUUUCACGGUGUUUGACGUCAUUGCGAAGAGCCUGGUGUGUAUACUCUACUUCGUACGAGUCAUUCUUGAUGAUAUGUCAACGUACGAGUGUUCUGGCGAUCCGUGCCAAGUUGUCAACGGCACAAAACAAUCUUCAGGUUCAUCUAAGGUCAACUGGCAUGUGAUGUUAUGGGUCCAUCGUCCAAUGUGGCUGUGGGUCAUGCAAGUUGUCCUCUCCGUGAUAACAUUCGUCAAGGGUCUAUUAAAAAUUUACAUCGCUAAGGGUAAUAGAAGUGAGCAGUUUCUACAAGCCAACUUCAUCCUGGAGGUGUUCAGCUCCGUCCCUUUUAUUGUGACACUGUGCUAUCCUCCGCUGCUACAGAACCUGUUUGUACCGUCAUUUCUAUCAUGUUGGCUUGUGAAGAAAGCUCUCGAUAGAUUACUGAAUGACCUGCAUCGUACUAGACAGCGAUUCCAGACUAUUUCUGUGACACUCUCUCAACAGUGUCUGAUUCUCAUCGCCACGCUUUUCUGUAUGAUCUUUACCACGAUCUGUGGUAUACAGCACAUCCAGCGAGCAAGUGCUGAGGUUCAACUCAACAUGUUCGACGCAGUGUAUUUUGUGAUAGUAACGUUCUCAACUGUGGGUUACGGGGACAUAUCGCCCGAUAUCUGGCCGUCUCAAGUGUUCAUGAUCCUAAUGAUCUGUAUAGCAUUUGCCUUUAUUCCGAUGCAGAUCCAGAUGAUAGCCUCCACGAUCGCGGAGCGUAUGAAGUUUGGCAGUGAAUACAGUGAACGACGCGCGGCAGGGUGUAAACAUGUGGUCGUUGUCUCGCGUACCCUACAGACAGACACUGUCAUGGACUUCUUGCUCGAGUUUUAUGCUCAUCCAAAACUAGAGGAACAUGUUGUGGUCUUGAUGGCCUCGGAACUAAUGGAUGUGAACAUGCAAGUGAUCCUGAAGGACCCAAAAUGGUCGCAGCGCGUCGUGUACAUGCGGGGAUCCGUUCUCAAAGAUACGGACCUGAAACGGUGCCGUAUAGCCAGCGCAGAGGCCUGCUUUAUUCUCGCACCUCGUUACAUCAAAGACAGGACACAAGCUGACCAGCACACGAUAUUGAGGUCAUGGGCUGUGAAGGACUUUGCUCCAAAGUGUAAACAGUACAUCCAGCUUUUUAAACCGGAGAACAAAAUCCACGUCAAGUUUGCAGAACAUGUCGUUUGUGAAGAUGAAUUCAAAUACGCGUUAUUGGCGAACAACUGUUUGUAUCCUGGAUUAUCUACCCUUGUAUCGCUGCUGGUUCACACGUCUGGCGGAUUGUAUGGGAAAGGUUCGAUAGAAGGAACCAUUCGCAGUGACAUUGUUCGUAAAUAUCAUAUCAGUGAAGGCGAGCUGGCAACAGACCAAUGGCAGCAGACAUACGGUCGUCACUCUGGUAACGAGAUCUACCACAUACAGCUGGAGCGGAGUCUCUUUUUCAGCAGUUAUGUGGGAAAAUCUUUCACUACGGCUUCUGCUGAGGCGCAUCAGAGGUUUGGCAUAUCGCUUGUGGCCAUACUUGACACAACUGUUGACGAGCCUCAUCUCCAACUCAACCCCGGGCCCAGCUACAUACUCAAGGGCUCCGAUUUCUGUUUCUACAUGAGCGUGACCAAGGAGGAAUAUGCAAAAAUACAGCCGGAAGCACUCAGGCAAGACGAUACCAAGUCUACACGAGCAAAAAAUAUGGAGCGAAUGGCAGCAGAACUUCAGCGGAUGUUGGACUCAGAGGAUGAAGAUGAGGAUUACGGUGAAGAAGAGAGCGUGUUCAACACCAUCACCAUACAACAGGGUUACGAGUUAGCUAACAGGGUGAAGAGGGCCACGUACACUACUGGGGAGAAGUCCGACUCUUCCUCAUCUCUUCCAUCACCUUCACCUUCACAGGACAUGCACCACCAGGCUGUGAUCAACAACUUCAAGAAAAGCCCCACCAAGUCACCCAAUGCCAAUGGAGACACGAAGGCAAAAUUCCACAUUGACCCAACUGACCAGUUUGACCAUAUAGAUGGCACAGGUCCUCCUGACCGCUCACAGGUCCUGGAACAAUACCUGGACAUGAACCAAGAUGAGUUUACCUCCCCUUCUCACAGUUAUGUGAGCAGUGAGGAUGAAGAUCCAUUUAAAAAGGAGAGAAUUCAACAAGUUCUUCCAAAUAAUGAUUUGUCUCCCUUUGAGUUUGUUACAGGGCCACCCCCUGUGACCCUCUAUGUUGGCUCAAAAAGGGCCAUCUGUCACCUGAUGAGGGAGCGGAGACCCCUGUGCUGCCUGGAGUGGGGCGUGAAAUGUUCGCACUGUACAUAUAAGAACACCAACGACGAACGCUGGACGAACCAGCUGAUCAUUCUUGCAGCAGAACACGCGUGUAAUGGCAUCUACAACUUUAUAGUGCCGUUGAGGUCACAAUUUAUCGGCAUGAAGUCGCUGUGUCCCAUAAUUCUUCUAUUGGAGGAAACGCCGGACGUAAUAUUUCAGGAAACAAUCUCAUAUUUCCCUCUUGUCUACUGGAUGCUGGGAUCUAUAUCGAGUGUGGAUGACCUAUUGAAGGCAGGAAUCAACAAAGCGUCACAUCUUGUGGUCGUAAACAAGGAGCAGAGUGAAAAUGAGAGCGAGGACACGCUGGCCGACUCCGAGACCAUUGUUGCCGUGCAAACCAUAUUCAAGCUGUUCCCGAAUGCCAACAUUAUUACGGAGCUAAACCAGGCAUCAAACAUGCGGUUCAUGCAUUUCCGCGCCCAUGACGAAUACUCACAGAAAAUCUCUGACCUAGAAAGGAAACUGAAGUCAAGCAUGACGUCAAACUUGAGCCAUAUAUUCCGUCUGCCAUUUGCUGCAGGCCAGGUGUUCAGUGCCAGUAUGUUAGACACACUGCUUUAUCAGACAUUUGUAAAAGGAUACCUCAUCACUUUUGUACGCCUUUUGCUUGGAAUUGACGCUGAGGAAAACUCUGGACAUCUUUCCAGUAUCCGAAUCAAGCGGACUACCCUUGCACGCUACCGCACAUACGGAGAACUAUACCACGCUCUGUGUUCAACAACGGGAGAAGUCCCGAUUGCUCUGUACCGAACUGAUAACCAGUCAGCAAUCAAAUCAGCCAGUCCAGCCUCUCCUACACCACCGAACAACAACACAGAGCAGGCCAAUGGCAAGAAGCUGACCCAUCACCGUGAGCCGAAGAAAGUGAACAGCCAGCUGAACAUUCAGAAACACUGGAAUACUCAGAAUCCGGAGCGCGAGGACAUCUCUGAUCUCAUACGGAACAGAAUGAAGAGUCUCGACCUCACUAUUGAUGACUACUGUUCUAUGGAAUAUAAGAAGAAUGACAUUUGUUAUGUGAUCCUUAACCCUUCCCCAAAGAGAAAACUACGCACUGGUGACCUUGUCUACGUGAUUCAGCCCAGCUCUAUGUACGCCAUUCCAAGUCGUAUCACCCGGCUAAAGCAAAACCGACGUAACUGGACACCUCCGUUAAAACGCUCUGGUUCCGACACAAACAUUACACUGAAAUUCCCGGACGAUGCCAACUUCAGUAGAGAUCGCACAAGCUCAUUGUCGGAUCGGAAACCUAAGAAAAGGUUUCACAUUGGAUCUGUUGAGACUUGACUUUAAUAUUGCAGUUUCAGAUAUAGUUGGUUGUAUGAGUUAAAAUGUUGUUUAAUGUUGGUUUUCAAAGUUAUUGAUGUUCUUGUUAAAGUUUAAAAAUAGUUUGUUUUAUUAUUUAAAGUGUUGUUAAUUGUUUGAUUACGGAAUAGUAGCUGUUGUUAGGGGCACUUAAGAUGUUUAUUAAAGGCAAAGCUCCUUGUAGUUUCAAAAAAUGAAGACGUUGUCAUGUAUUGGCUGUAUUUCAACUGUCACUGAUUUAAUUAUAUGAGGCCCUCACAGUUGAUUUAUCAGUGGUCACAUCUCAUUGCCAAUGCCUUUCAAACAAGUUAACUUACAAAAAUAUUUUACCAGGGGGCCUCACAACGUGUUCCGAAAUUAAGAUCAUGUAUCUAUCAGUGUAAACUAUGUCUACAACGUUGUAUUGGAUAUAGAAGGUAACCCAAUCUCAGGAAGCUUUGCCUUACACCCAGACCUAAAGCUGUCCUCUACUUGCCUAGCUUUCAGACUGAAGAAAUUAAAAAAAUUGGACUUGUGUAUUGAAUACAUGAAAUGUAGAAUUAGUCCUAAAAUAGCGGGGAGAGGGUGGUGAUAUAUUGUGAAAGUCACAUUUGAUGCAAUUUAAUUAUUUAUAAUUUUGCAUAGUAAGUUGUCAUGUUUAUGAAAUAGACUUGAGAUUAAAAUGAAUGUUUAUAACAUAAUACAUAAUAUUUUAAAAAAGUGUGCAUACCAUUAUGUACAUUGAAUCAAAAAUGGAUUCCCCUUAGAAAUUAGAGCAUUAUUUGCCCUUCUUUUUGCAAACCUUUAGUUUGUGGGCGUAUGUUUAAAAAUUGUCAAACUAUAGUCAUUUCAGGAAAUAUAGCCAAGGUAUAGUCAGUUUCCAAAAAAAUCAUGGUACAUGGUAUAGUCUGCUUCUGAAAACUUUGCCAAAAUAUAGUCAGUUUCAGGGGAAAAUGCUAGGGUAUAGUCAGUUUCAGGGGAAAAUGCUAGGGUAUAGUCAGUUUUGGAAAAUAUUGCCAAGGUAUAGUCAGUUUUAAAAAGCAUUGUCAAAGUAAAGGUAGCUUCAAGGGAGUUUAUCCAGGCAUAACCAUAGCAUCUAGGUGUUGUCGGCAGUAUAAGGGUGCCAUUACCCUAAUUUUUGGCUAUGGCAUAACUGAAUAGAGUAGUUUACUGUACUUGCCCAACUUAACAACUUUCCCAGUCCCAUUUCCUGUUUUUCUGUGCUUUAUAUAACCAUGUUCACUUCCUGCUGUGCUUGAUUUAUGUAUUUUAAUCAAUUGACCAAUUGCCUGUUUUAUCAACCUCAGGUUUGUGCCGGUGCAUGAAUCCAAGUUGACGUGUAAUAGCUCACCAGACAUUACCACCUCUAAGUUCUGAUGCGCAUUGUGGUAUACCAGUGCUUUCACUACCCUAGAAAACCACCAAAUUUUACACACUGCUGCAAAGUAAACACAAAAUCUGGAUUUAAAAAGAAAAUGAGUAUGUCGCAAAGUGGUGAAAGGCUUUAUUUUACACUCUCCUUAUAUCACAAACAAUAAUUGAAUUUCCCAAACAGAAGUUUAUUUUAUGAAAUAUUUUUUUCACAAAAUGGAUUAAACUAACUGCUUACCGUAUUUUAUAAAGAGCUGAUCAUUUUUAUAAACAGCUGAUUUUUAUGAAUUGCCUAUUUCACAACUGCUGAUUUUAUGAAUUGCUUAUUGCACAAACUGCUGAUUUUAUAAAAUGCUUAUUUCACAAACUGCUGAUUUUAUGAAUUGCUAAUUUCACAAACUGAUGAUUUUAUGAAUUGCUAAUUUCACAAACUGCUGAUUUUAUUGUUCAGUGUUGUACAAACUGCUGCAAGGUUUUUGUCUUCGCAUCUGGAGAAUUUUACCUGAUUCCUAAGCUUACUUUUCAAAAAGUAUCCCUGUUGCGCUAGUAAAUUCAUAGAAAUGGAAUCCAUUACCAUAAUAUCAAUUAUAAAUCUGCCAUUGAUAUAUAUUGCAAAAUAGGAUUGUCCGUAUUUUAGCUUUCUGAGUUCACAUCAAAACAAGUACAAUGUAUCUUUGCAGUGUUAGAUGAUGACAUCAGAGGAAAUAUUAAAAUUAAUAACAAUGUUGAAACUGCUCUUCUAAAUGAUUUUCGAUGCUUUUACUGUAGAAUUGUUUUUAUUUGAAACAGUACUGCUGCCAUGUUUGUCUUUGUAAUUCUGCUUUAAUUUAUUUUCUUUAGAUUCUCAGCUGCAUUUAAUCUUGUUUUUUUCUUGGCAAUUUGCAAGUUCUUCACGUGUCAUGGCUUAAACAUUGAAUAAAAAAAUAAAAAUGCGAGAAUCUAGAUACAUGCUUGUUUGUUUGUAGUUUUCAUGUACAUUAGAAUUAUGUACCAUUUAUUGUGUAAAAGGGACCAAUGAUUUUUGACGGGACCAAAAUAUAUAUUUUACUGUGAUUAAUGUUUGUUACUGUUGAUAAGACAUAGUUGAUAACAUGUGUUUGUUAGCAUGGAUAACAUGUGUUAUUUGUUUGUUAAAUAUUGAUGUUUUCACAGUGCUCUGUGUUUGGUAUUAACUUUUAUGAUUAUGUAUGAGGUUUCCACUUUUUGUCAUAAAAUUGUAAAUAUCCCAGGAAUUUCAUAUCCUUCAUUUCAGGAAAAAAAUAUGUUGUAAUAUUUUUGGGCAUCAAAUAUGUUGUAAUAUUUUUGGGCAUCAAAUAU